CAUCAAUCCGGAGUAAAUCCUGUCUGAGUGACCGAGCCUCUCACGCCGCCACUUUCACCCCUCUCAUCUGUUCUAGCAAUCCAAUUUUUGGAAUGUACCUACGAAUUGAGGUCAUAGGCCCGCCCACCGAUAACGGUCAUGCGGGGUUGAUGAGAACCGAGAAAUUGAACCAAUCAUACCCCUAUUAAUUACCCUCACAAUGCAAAGCCCAGCCUGCCCGCCUACCCAAUCAGAACAGACAUAGCAACUGCUGGGGAUUUACGAACUACCUAUACUGUACCAGCUGUGUAACACUCAAUGCCAGCUGUAAGCGGACAGCACACUUCUGCACCAGAUGCGAGGUGUUCAUCAGCUCAGACAAUAACAACCGGAGAUGCUUCACCGGGUGGGAUUGUAGCACGAGCAUCCCAGAAAAUUGAAUCCGAUGAAUCCUGCGGAAGGGCCCCCUCCCAAAGGAGGUUCCAAGUUUGACUCCACAUCCCGUCCUGCUCCAAAACUUCAUCCCGAAGUUCUCGCAGCUCAGUCGAAAGAUAUCCUCUCAGUCCUCCUUGUCCUCCGGUUCAUCAACGCUCUUUGUGUCCGGACCUUCUUUCAGCCUGAUGAGUAUUUCCAGGCCCUGGAACCAGCAUGGAGCAUCGCGUUUGGCGGGCAAAGUGGAGCUUGGCUCACCUGGGAAUGGCAGCACCAGCUGCGCUCGUCGCUGCAUCCGGCUCUGUUUGGGGCCGCGUACAUGAUUGCCGAUAAAUUUAUGAGCGUCCUCCAGCUCUUCCCGCCAUUUAGGGCUCUCAUCCUAGUUGCGCUCCCAAAAGUGGUUCAAUCAGUAUUCUCGGCACUCAGCGACUUCUAUACAUGGAAGUUUGCAGAGAAGAUAUAUGGCCAGGGUAGCAACUCGGCAUGGUCCGCCCUAUGGAUGACAAUCUUCAACCCGUGGCUCUGGUAUUGCUCAACAAGGACAUUUUCCAACUCGAUGGAGACGACUUUGACCGUGGUGGCCCUCUAUUACUGGCCGUGGGAGAUCCUUGGUGACUCUAGAGAGAACAAACAGAAGCUAUUCCAACAGAACGGCACCAUCAGCAGCCUGCGGAUGUCACUCGUCUUCUCUGCCAUUGCCGUCGUCCUGCGUCCGACCAACGUCUUUAUAUGGCUGGCAAUCCUCACCCUCGUCGUCACACGGCUCACACUUGAUGGCACGUCUCCUCUCCAGCGGCAGUCCUUGCUAGUCCUCGUCAGGGAGAUUUCCGUCUGCGGUUUAUCGAUCUUGGCUCUAUCCGUGGUCUCGGAUCGGCUGUACUUUGGGUUUUGGGCGUUUCCGCCAUACAAGUGGCUGCAUUUCAACGUCUCCCGAUCCUUAGCCAUCUUCUACGGCCGCAUGCCCUGGCAUUACUACUUGUCCCAGGGCAUCCCACUGCUGACAACCACAUUCCUCCCAUUUACACUGCUCGGCCUGUACAAGUCGGGCUCGCCGUCUGGCACGAGCUCGAUCCUCCAAUCGAACACACUGAGGACACUCGCAUUUACCGUCUUCACGGCUGUGGGCACUCUCUCCAUGGUUUCUCACAAGGAAGUUCGCUUCAUCUAUCCGCUCUUGCCGGCUCUUCACAUCCUUGCCGCGCCUUUCGCGUCCUCCUUCUUCACGGCACCACCACCACCACCUACGGGCAAACCGGCCGGUACCCAGCCCCGCCCCUCCACGCUACGCCACAAAUCCAUCCUCACCAGCAUCCUAUCGAUCAACCUCCUCCUAGCAGGCUACCUCUCCCUUUUCCACCAACCCGCCCCCAUCUCCGCUGUCAACUUCCUCCGCUCCGAAUUCGAGCGUCUCCACCCAGACCGCCUAGACCUCCACCACCACUGCUCCUCCUCCUCCUCCUCCUCCUCCACCGGCAGCGAAGACGGCGCCGAGCCCCUCUUCGCCCUCUUCCUAACCCCCUGCCACUCGACGCCCUGGCGCAGCCACCUGGCCUACCCGCGCCUGCGCGCCCGCGCCCUCACCUGCGAGCCCCCGCUCGACACGGCGCCGGGGACCGCCGAGCGCGCGGCCUACCGCGACGAGGCCGACCGCUUCUACGACGACCCGGCUGGGUUCCUGCGCCGCGAGGUGUUGCCGCCGCUGGGGUUGCCGAGGUUCGUCGUCGGGUUCGAGGGCGUCGAGGGGGUGUUGCUCGAGGUUGUCGGGCGCGGGGACGGGAGCGGGGUCGGGGGGAACUUGACGAGGAGGUGGUCUGCGUUUAAUGGGUUGUUUAACGAGGAUUGGCGCCGGAGGGGGAGGCUUGUUGUGUGGGAUACGGGGGUUGGGGGGAGGGAGGAGGAGGUGGAGGCCGAGGUUGAUGGCUGAUCUGAGGGAGACUGGGGAGAGUAUGUGGAAUCACCGUUCUGCUGCAGGAUGUCUUUGGGGCUGGCAUAGGCCCUAUGGAGAGGAUGUGGAUAUGUACUAUACGCAAUGCCCACGGAUCUCUCUGAGUGCUUGACUUUUUUUUAAUUUUAAUCAUAGAUAGGGGCCCCACUAACUGGCCGUUUUUCCAAGCCUCGAGGAGUUUAUACAGCCCUUAAGGGGACGCAUUACACCCUUGUGAGUGGCAAAAGACCUGCUCAUCAAGA